AUGACCGAGAACAGAGAGUCUGUGUUUGCAACGCCUAUUGAGCUAGGGCCUGAUAUGAUCCUUCAGCCUCCUCUCUCGCGUUGCGGAUGUGGGCCCGGUCUCAUCCUCGUGCGGCCUUCAGCCUACUCAGGGUAUCAACAACUCAACAAGAGCCUGGAUCCAGAGCCUUUGUUGAAAUGGGCAGAAGAGAGCUUUGCGGUGGUGCAAAUAACGCUCGAUGCAGGGCAGGAUCUGACAGAGUUACGAAAGGCUAUCACACAAGCACGAGAAGGCUUGACAUCUCUGCCUGCCUGCGAUAGUGAUAGCUCUUUUGGAGUGUUGAUCUACGGAGCGCAAGAAGACUACUUGCCCGGUUUCAACGACGCGGUGCGGGAAAUUGUCGCUUGUGAGUCCCGGCUGGCUGCAGUCGUCUGUUUUGACGAAUGGCACCUUGGUGACAGUAAACCGACCCUGUUACAUGUAUCAGGAGCUGGGGAUCAAAUUACUUCCACGCAGGGGAAACAAAUUCAACAUGUGUACCCUCAAGCUUCGUCUCCCGGCUUUAUGGUCCCGGGACACCCAGAUUUUAUCAUCACCGCAGCGGGCGUGGCGCACACCCGUAGCUUAACCUUCCUCAAGAAGCAUCUCGGUGGGCCAUACUUUGAUCUAGAGCAGAUUUGGGAUGAGCACACCUACUAUGAGUUUGGUGAUCGGUCUGUCGAGAAGACGAUGGCGACAAUGGUACAAGAGCCAUAUGUCAACCACGUUCCCACAUUAACCGGAGGGAUUGGACGGGCUCGUCUGAGUCACUUCUACCUAAAUCAUUUCAUCUUCAGCAACCCUGAUGAUACUGCUCUGGAAUUGAUCAGUCGAACAGUAGGCACGGAUCGGAUCGUGGAUGAAUUCAUCUUCUGCCUCACCCAUGUGAAGCAGGUUGACUGGCUGCUUCCCGGUGUUCCUCCGACCGGGAAACAUCUUCGCAUCCCAUUCACCUCGGUGGUGAAUAUUCGUGGAGAUCGACUCUAUCAUGAGCAUAUCGCAUGGGACCAGGCUACCGUGUUAGUGCAGUUGGGCCUGCUGCCCCAAUAUCUCCCUUUCCCGUACGCCCUGCCGGAUGGACGAGUUCCGACGCCUGGUCAUCGCUUUGAAUAUCGCGUCCCUGCUGCGGGAGUGGAAUCUGCCCAGAAAUUACAGAAUGAGCAUGAAGUGCCUUCCAAUGCUAUGUUCGAAUACGGCAUUCGGGAGGUCAAAGAUGCAUGA